AUGUCUUUCGAACAACCUGACUUUUUAAAGAGUCAAUUGACUCAAACAAGAGACGAUGAUAAAGAAAGUGAUCACAAGAAAUGGAGACGCUACGAAGCACAUGAUGGUAUCGUGUUUUGUAUUCAGCUAACACCCACGAUGUAUCUUUCAAACCCUGAUCUUGGAGGCAAAAUUCAACUCUUAGAGAUUUUAGAUUCACUAAAUGAUUUAAUGUCACAAUUGGUAGUUGUUAUGCCAAGUACUGCAGUUGGCUGUUAUAUUUACAACUGUUCUCAUCCUAACGCUGAAGAUAAUGUGUAUGAACUAAUACCGUUACGUGAUGUGAACUAUAAGAAUAUGAAACGUGUAUCUGAUCUGUUGGAAGAUAUAGAACAGGAUAGAAUACUUCUCAAAGAUGAGAUUCCUAUCGCAGACCCAAACAACCCAAUUGAACUUUCUCCAGUAUUGAUCAAAGUUAGAGAAACAUUUUUACAACCGAUAGAAGGACAGAAGCAACUGACUAACAAGAAAAUAUUUUUUUUUACUGAUGACGACAAACCGGCUGAGUUCUUGAACGUUGACAGCAGAUCUCGUCUUAGAAAAGUUGUCGACGAUUUAUAUGACUAUUAUAUCAAUUUUGUCACAUUUUUCAUUGGUUCUGAAGAUAAACCAUUUGACGAUUCUAUGUAUGCAGAUAUCUUGAAAUGGGGUUCAAAGAUCAACGAAGCACAAUCAUGGCUAUCCUCACACGGCCCUAGUACUAAUCCCAUUAAUGCAUCGUACAUAAAAUCGAAAGUGAAAAGAACAAAGGAAAUCAAGAGAAUCAAAUUCCGAUGCCCCUUGAUGUUAGAUGAAAGAGCUGAUUUGGUAGUUUCAGUGAAUGGAUAUACUAUUGUCUCUCAUGAGAUACCCGGCUCGAAAUACAAGCUUGUAUAUGCCAACGGUAGUGUCAGAAGAGAGGCAUACUCUCACCGAGAAUAUUUAGACGCUGAAACUGGGGAAGCAGUUGAUAAUAGUCAGUUGUCUAAGGUCUACACUUUUGGCGAUGAGAUCAUAGAAUUAACAGAAGACGAGAAUCUCAAAAUUCAAAGCGGAUACAGCGAACAUGAAUCAUUUUUGAAGUUAAUAGGAUUCAGGUCAACGGAACAGUGUUUACACUAUUAUGACAACAUUGACGUACCAGCUUUUGUUGUACCGAACGAGGAAGACUAUGCAGGCUCGAUCAAGACACUAGCAUCACUAUAUAGAACAAUGUUAUUCAAAAAGAAGUCUGCAAUGGUCUGGGGAAAACUACGGCCAAACUCUCCACCAUCCAUGUUUGUCCUAACACCAAGCUCCAAGAAAGAUUAUAACCAAGGUUUCUAUCUCUACAAGGUUCCAUUUAUGGAAGAGGUCCGAAAACUUCCUGAUUUCUUAAAUCAUUCUGCGUUAAUAGAAUCAGAUGAUUAUAAAGUGAUGAGCAAAGUGACAGAAACUUUGAUAAACUUCUUCAAUCUCAAAAAUGGGUAUAGACCAUCAGAUUUUCAUAACCCUGCAUUACAAAAGCAUUUCAAAAUAUUAAGGGAAUACCUUUUACAGAUUGAGGUGGAUAAAUCGAAACCUGAAGAUGAAGGUGAUGAAACCCUUCAAAAGGUGAAGCAGAUUUAUGCACGAAUUGCCAGUUCUGCGAAAUCUGAUGACGUAAAGCAACAACGGUUAGUAAAAUACCUGAAACUUUGGAAUUCUUUCUACAACCGUCUGAGUAACUUAGAAGUCGAUACGAAACCCACCAAAAAUAAGAAAGCAAAGCUUAAUCUGUAG